AGGAGAUUUUAGAAAAAAGUUGUGGUCAGAGCGCUUCCGCUCUCCUGCAUCUAAAACACAACUGAAGUGUUUCCUGACUGAAGCAGAACGAUUUCAGAGUGCUUGAGAACAGUGUUCAGCUUCAGCAUGAAGAUUGUAUUUUGGUUCUAUCUACUUGUGUGCUGUGGAGCUGCAGAAAGUUUCACAGAGAAGUCGGUAGAUUUGGGACAAAAUGUGACUCUAAAGUGUGAGGUGUCUGUAAGAGAUGUGUUCUGGUUCCUGAUGAAGCCGUCAAAACCUCCACUGUUUAUAUUACGCUCUUUCUCAAGUAAAAGCCUAGAGGCACAAUACAGUAACACGACCUUCAACAAGACUUUCUCACUGCAAUAUAACAGCAGUUUAUUUAUACACAAUAUCAGUACUAAUGAAUUAGGAGUGUAUUAUUGUAUUCAGACUCAAACUGGUUCACCUCCUGACAUCAGCAGUGGAAUCAGACUUUACACCCAGAAUCACUCAGCUGAGAAUCAGACAGCGGAUAAACAUGAAGAUAAAGAAAGCAGCCUCAUGCCGAUUCUCAUCAUAUCAGGAAUAAUGAACUGUGCUCUGGUCGUUGCAGUUACAGUCUCGAUCGUAAGCUGCUGUGGAAAAACCAAAUCUCCAAACUGUGAUGUGAAGCUUCAAGAAGUCAAUGGAUCACAGAGUUGGUUACCAAAAGCGCAUAAUGAAAGCAGCUACACUGUGGUGGAGUUUAUUCCGUUUCACACUGUGAUGUAGCACACACACACACACACACACACACACACAUACACACAUUGGUCACUGUUUUUUUUUUUUUUUUUUCAUAAGCUUAGUGAUUGCGGUUAUAGUCUGCACGCUAACGCUAUAACUGCCGAUUGCGGUUAUAGUCUGCACGCUAACGCUUCUCACACACGUCUAAGGUGUACAGCUCCAUCUUCCGCUUCUCAUUCUCAGAGUGUGACCUUCUGCAGUAAAAUUCUCACACGAGUUUUUCUCUACAUGAUCAAACUAAACCUCUGUCCAUGUUUCUCAUAUGUAGCUGCUGCUGCUGAUAGUGUAAUGUUUCAAGGGAAGAUGGCUGGAGCUUUACUGCACAUCUUCUCUUGCUGUCUUUGUAAGUGUUUAACACCGGGCCAUAAUGCCAUUGCAGAUCAAAUGUUUACUGAAUGAAGCGUGUGUUCUUUCAAGCAAAGGCUCACUUUCAAACCUAUACCUGUGUCACUGUGUCUUAUUUUAUUCUUCUGUAAGGAAUAACACACUCUGUGUGCUGCUGUUAUAGGGAAUUAAUCAGUGAUGGGCUGCUGUGAUGAAGCUUGUAAACACACACACAUUCACACACUCAUUCACAUCUAGGCCCAGUUUAUCUCAGCCAGUUCACCUACAGACAUGUUUUUUCCACUCGUCCUCUAGUCUGUGAACAGAGGCAGGAAAAAAGAAAGGAACGCAGGAGUGUGUGUAUAAAACAGUGUAGCAGUGACUCCCCUGGUGUUUGUGGACUAGAAUAAUAAAAGAUUAAAAAAAAAA